AUGCUGGCCUCAGGGCUGCUUCUGGUGGCUUUGUUGGCCUGCCUGACUGUCAUGAUCUUGAUGUCUGUCUGGCGGCAGAGGAAGCUCUGGGGGAAGCUGCCUCCUGGACCCACCCCCCUGCCCUUCAUUGGCAACUACCUGCAGCUGAACACAGAGCAGAUGUACAACUCCCUAAUGAAGAUCGGAGAGCGCUAUGGCCCCGUGUUUACGAUCCACCUGGGGCCCAGGCGGGUAGUGGUGCUGUGUGGACAGGAUGCUGUAAAGGAGGCUCUGGUGGACCAGGCUGAGGAAUUCAGCGGCCGAGGAGAGCAGGCCACCUUCGACUGGCUCUUCAAAGGCUAUGGCGUGGCGUUCAGCAACGGGGAGCGCGCCAAGCAGCUGCGGCGUUUCUCCAUCUCCACGCUGCGGGACUUCGGCGUGGGCAAGCGCGGCAUCGAGGAGCGCAUCCAGGAGGAGGCGGGCUUCCUCAUCGAGGCCUUCCGGGGUACACGCGGCGCCACCAUCGAUCCCACCUUCUUCCUGAGCCGAACUGUCUCCAAUGUCAUCAGCUCCAUUGUCUUCGGGGACCGCUUUGACUAUGAGGACAAAGAGUUCCUGUCACUACUGCGUAUGAUGCUGGGAAGCUUUCAGUUCACAGCUACAUCCACAGGGCAGCUCUAUGAGAUGUUCUAUUCGGUGAUGAAACACCUGCCAGGACCACAGCAACAGGCCUUUAAGGAGCUGCAGGGGCUGGAGGACUUCAUAGCCAAGAAGGUGGAACAGAACCAGCGCACACUGGAUCCCAAUUCCCCACGGGACUUCAUCGACUCUUUUCUCAUCCGCAUGCAGGAGGAACAGAACAACCCCAACACGGAGUUCGACUUGAAGAACCUGGUCCUGACCACACUGAACCUCUUCUUUGCUGGCACGGAGACUGUCAGCACGACCUUGCGCUACGGCUUCCUGUUGCUCAUGAAACAUCCUGAUGUGGAGGCCAAGGUCCAUGAGGAGAUUGACCAGGUGAUUGGCAAGAACCGGCAGCCCAAGUUCGAGGAUCGGGCCAAGAUGCCCUACACAGAGGCAGUGAUCCAUGAGAUCCAAAGAUUCGGAGAUAUGAUCCCCAUGGGCCUGGCCCGCAGGGUCACCAGGGACACCAAGUUUCGGGACUUCUUCCUCCCCAAGGGCACUGAAGUGUUUCCUAUGCUGGGCUCUGUGCUGAGAGACCCCAAAUUCUUCUCCAACCCACGAGAUUUCAACCCCCAGCAUUUUCUGGAUGAGAAGGGGCAGUUUAAGAAGAGUGAGGCCUUUGUGCCUUUCUCUAUCGGAAAGCGGUACUGUUUUGGAGAAGGCCUGGCUAGAAUGGAGCUCUUCCUCUUCCUCACCACCAUCAUGCAGAACUUCUGCUUCAAGUCUCCGCAGUCACCUCAGGACAUCGACGUGUCACCUAAGCACGUGGGCUUUGCCACAAUCCCACGAAACUACACCAUGAGCUUCCUGCCCCGCUGA